AAAGUUUUCGGCGUACUAUACGUCAACAAUCUCGGCCUGUAAUGAAAUUGACUUAUUAUGCUUUGUAAAUAAGCAUGGAUAUUUAUGGCGCGAUAUUGUUACGCGUUGCAUCUUGCCGUCUGCCGCGAGUGCCGCGUCGUUCACACCACACGCGGAAGAAGAGAAGACGGCAGUUUUUGACGUGUCGUGACUGUCGUGUAGCCAAGUGUCGAACGGGAAAUGUUGGAUAUACGUGCUGCGAGACGCACGAGUUCGUCGCUGUAACAUGAUUCAGUACACGAGUACAUCGUACACCCUGGCCGUGUCCGCUGACACUUGUUCGUGACUCUUUCAAUGCAAAUGCAACAAUACAUCCCAUGGUUUACGAAGUAUAAAUAAAGAAGGAGACAUGAAAAGCGGUACCCAAGAAACUGUUUGCAAAUCGAAAAAUGCGACGACCUCGGAAGCGAACGAGAAGGAAGAGAGCGCGACGGACUGGUGGCUUAUGUUCGGAGGUAUAACUACGUUUACUUUGAUCACUAGAUUUUACAGAGUCAGGGAACCCCAGCAUGUAUGUUGGGACGAAACACAUUUCGGCAAAAUGGGCAGUUGGUACAUAAACAGGACGUUCUUCUUUGACGUGCAUCCACCUUUGGGAAAGAUGCUCAUUGCUUUGUCCGGAUAUAUGACUGGCUAUGAUGGGACGUUUGCUUUUGAAAAACCAGGGGAUAAAUUUGAGAAUGUCAAUUACAUCGGCAUGAGAAUUUUCUGUACAAUUUUGGGCGCAACCACUGUCCCUCUGUCGUAUCUUAUUGUAUGGGAUCUUACCAAGUCGAUUCGCGCCUCUACGCUUGCUGCCUUCCUCAUUUUGUGCGAUGUAGGAUUGUUGACGUUGAAUCAAUAUAUUCUACUGGAUCCCAUAUUGUUAUGUUUUAUGAUGUGUGCGACGUGGGGCAUGGCACGUGUAUCGUCACUCCGAGAUCGUCCAUUCACGCGACCCUGGUGGUCCUGGUUGUCGUUCACCGGAGCCUCGCUUGCAUGUACGAUUAGCGUGAAAUUUGUCGGGCUCUUUGUCGUUUUACUCGUGGGUCUUUACACCGCAUACGAGCUCUGGCGAGAAUUGGGUGAUCUGUCCAAGCCUAUUUCUUAUGUGGGGAAACAUUUGUUAGCAAGGUGCUUUUGCCUCAUCCUAUUACCGGUUUUACUUUACAUGCUAUUUUUUUAUAUUCAUCUUUCCGUUUUAAAUAAGAGCGGAAGUGGCGACGGCUUCUACAGUUCCGAGUUUCAAUCGUUAUUACGCGGAAAUUCUUUAUAUAACGCGACGAUGCCGCGACAAUUGGCGUAUGGUGCCACUGUCACAUUAAAAAAUCAUCGCACAGGCGGUGGUUACUUGCAUUCCCACUGGCAUUUAUAUCCCGAGGGAGUUGGCGCUAGGCAGCAACAGAUUACGACCUAUUCUCAUAAGGAUGAUAACAAUCUAUGGCUGGUGAAGAAAUUCGACACAGACGUCAUACCGCCAGAGCCGGAAUUAGUUAAACACGGCGACCUCGUGCGUCUGGAGCACAUUACGACGAGACGGAAUUUACAUUCACACAAAGAGAUCGCGCCGAUAUCGAAGAAGCACUACCAAGUCACUGGGUACGGAGAGAAUGGUACGGGCGAUGCUAACGACGUUUGGAAAAUAUUGAUAACGAAUGGAAGAGAUGGCGACGUGGUGGAGACAGUGACAAGUAAAUUAAAGUUUGUGCAUUACCUUCAUCAUUGCGUGCUAACGUGCAGCGGCAAAACAUUGCCGAAAUGGGGGUACAGCCAACAAGAGGUUUCCUGCAACCCUAACAUGAGAGAUAAAAAUGGGUUAUGGAACGUCGAGGAUAAUCAAUACGCCAAAUUACCAAACGUCAGUUUCCGAGUAUACGCGCCAGGAUUCCUCGACAGAUUCUUGGAGUCACAUGCCGUGAUGUUGCAAGGCAAUUCAGAUCUAAAAGUAAAAGAAGGAGAGGUGUCCUCGCGACCGUGGCAGUGGCCUAUAAACUACAGGGGACAAUUCUUCUCCGGGAAUAAUCAAAGGAUAUAUUUACUCGGCAAUCCCAUUAUUUGGUGGGGAAACAUAGUCUUCCUCGUAAUAUUCAUAAUUCUUUACGUUCACGCUUCUGUGCGCGAACAACGAGGCUGUAUCGAUGAUGCCGUCAUGAUGGAGCAGCGAAGAAAGAUAACGCACGCCGGCAAGUGGCUCUUCCUCGGAUGGAUACUGCAUUACGCGCCUUUCUGGGCGAUGACCAGGGUGCUGUACUUUCAUCAUUACUUCCCAGCGCUAUUAUACAGUUCCAUGUUGACCGGGAUUACGUUGAAUCACAUCAUUGAGAGCCUUCUACUGCUGCUACCCGGCAAAGUGGGAAAUACGAUUUAUCAUGUUGUUCUGGGAAUCGUAAUCUCCGGCACUGUAUACAGUUUUUAUCUGUUCUCGCCGUUGGCUUAUGGGAUGGACGGUCCGUCCGCCAUGGAUCCCGACAGCUCGAUGCAUUCUUUAAGGUGGAUGGAAUCUUGGGAAUUUUGAAACCUGAUUUAUUCAGCGUAACGGAAAGUAUAUAUACUUGUUUCGCGGUAUAAUUAGUAAUGCAGUAUAUUUUACACUACUGUAUGUACUACUAAGAAUACUAACUUACAUCUUUAACAAUGACUGAGAUAUUGGAAAAUGCUCAUCUUAUUUAUAUUUUAUAUAUAUUCAAACUAUAUAUAUAUAUAUAUAUAGCAAUUUAUAUUUG